AUGACCAAAAUAACAAUUUACGAAAAUUUAUCCAAAAUAAUUGAAUUACUUUAUGAAAAUAAAACAUCAACUUAGAGUUUCAGUUUAAUUGCAAAUUCAUUAUUAAAAACCUCAUCGUAAAUUCCUAUUAUGACAACCACACAAAUUUAAACAAGCAAAAAAUAAAAAAAAUAAAAUUUUCAAACAGGCAGAUUUUAUAUAAAUACUAGUUUCAAAUUGUCAGAUGAGAUCAAAUUAUUAUGUCCUAAAUUUAGAACCUAAGUAUAUGAAUUUAUGCAAUAAUUCAAUAAAUUUAAAUUUGUUGAAUAUCAUACAAAAAUAUAAUUGUAGUAUAGAACUAUUGGAAAAAAACAAUUAUAAAGAUCAUAUUUCAUUAUUGAGAUCUUAGACUUUAAAAAAAAUACUGGCUCAGUCAAUGCUGUUAAAUAAUUUAAGAGUAGGAAUGUUUAAAAUUUAGAACAAAUAGAAAAGUACUAAAUUAAGUAAUAAUUCGUAUUUUAAGAUCAAGUUGAAUCAAUACCAUAAAAAGUGGAUUAGGAAAAUAAAAAUGAAAAUCAGUAUAUCCAAGUAUCUCAUUUAAAUGAUGUUUCGAAAUUUGGAAGUGAAAAAAACUUUUAAUAACGCAAUAAUUUUCUAAAGCUAUAGUCUUAUGAAAACGAUCUUGGAUUCCUUUAUAAAUAAGAGAAUUAAUCUUUAUCUAGUCAAUCCUCUAAUACUUUAAGAGUAUAAAAUCUUAUUAUUUUUAAAUCUUUUUAAUUUUAACCCAAGAUGAAUAAAAAUCUCAAAAUAUUACUUUUUUUUACAGUGAUAUCAAUAUUAAUAUUAGUUUCUAUGAUUACAUAUAAUAUUCAACUAAUUAGGUAUUAACUCUCUGAAUAGAUUGAUAGUAGCUAUUCUUUAAAUGCCCCCCUCUUAUUCAAUAGAUACUUUUUUUAGAGUUACGCUCUAUCUUGGACUCUUUUGAUGAAUGGACUCAACAUUGUUAAUUAAAGUGAUUUUUUGAUAAAUUAAACUUCUUUUACUCUUAAACAUAUGGAAAGAGAGACAUUUCAAAAUUUAAGUAAUAUGUAUCCAAAAUUCUUGGAAAUUGAAAAUAUGGGAUUGCUUCCAAAUAUUAGUUUGAAACUUCUACAGCUUCAAAGACAAACUGUAUCAUAUACAGAAUUCAUAACUUACAUCUAGAACACUUUAUAGUACCUAUUUUAAUUUAAUUUAUUCUCUUAAGAACAUAGAAAAAAAGUUUUAGAGUUAGAUUACGUCAACGCUGUUGUUACUUUGAGGUAUAAUAUCAAAUAUGUAUUUGAUAUGAAUAAGGAGCUUAUAGAAUCAUUAGAUUAGAUGUAUUAAAAUUAGAUACAAAAUAAUAAUUAUAAUUUAAAAAUAGUUUUAAUUAUUGAAAUCUGUAUAUUGUUCAUAUUUCAGUUUAUUCAAAUAAUUUUCUGGAGAAAAUUUGAGAAUUAGAAACAAAAAAUGUUAAUUUUAGUUGGAAAAUAUUCAGAGUUUAAAGCAAAUGAAAUGAUUUUAUUACAUUAAAGUUAUAAAUAGGUUAUGCAGUCAACUUAACUAGAUCAAAUUAAUUGGAAAACGUAAAAUUUCACUUUUUUAUAGCCAUUGAAUAUUUUAGGAGAAGAAAAAAAAGCAAUUAAAAUAAAUGUAUCAAAUAAAGAUAGAGUAAAGGCAAAAGGAAUGUUGAAUUCAAGAGUAACAAAUACUACCUAUAGAAAUGUAAAGUGGAUAUUCUCUCCUUUUUUGCUACUGUUUUGCUUUUUAAUAGGAGGUUAUUUCUUUUAUAAUUUUUUAAUGAAAAAUUUAUAACCAUAAUAAGAAUUAGCAAUUAACUUUAUCAGAUUUUCAUCGUAUUUCGAUACUCUAAUAACUAGUGCAUUAGUAAUUAAAACCUAACCAUAAGUUUAUCCUGGAAUUGUUUAAAACAACAUUUAUACCCAAUCUUAAAUGAAUUCAUAUCGAGACCCAUUAAAAUAAUUGUUCCAUAUGUUUAUUGACGUGUAUGAAGUUUACGACGAAAAUUUAACAUAAAUUUAUGAAGGCAUUUUAUAUUCUUAAGAUAUUGAUGAUUCUAAAAAAGAAACAUUGUUAGGUUUAUAUGAAAAAGAUAUCUGUAAAAUAAUGAAUCAGGAAAUCCCAUUUUGUUCAUUUGAAUAAUUGGGAGAAAAUAAUUUCAAUGAGAAAUAUUCUUAAUUCUAUUUAUAAGAUAAUAAUCGAGAUUAUUUAAAAAAUGGGCUCGCUGGGAUAACUAGUAGCGUUAGCAAUUUUAUGAAAACUAAUUACGAUAAUGAAAUUGAGACUAUCAACUAUAUCACAGAUUUCAGUUAGCUCAAUAAAUUUUACUUAACAUAAGAAUUUAACAAUAUUCUGGUAGAGCAUUUUAGUUCAACAACAUAAAGUACAGAAAAGGUUUUGAAUAUUAUAUUAUCAAAUAAUGAAGAGUUAAUGAACUAGAAUAAAAUAACAAUUAUCAUAUUUUUUGGUUUGAUUGGAUCAGUUAUUUUGAUAAUUUUUAUCUUUUUUUUCGUUUGGCUAAUAAAUUUACAUAGUAUAAGGUUCAUAUAUAUAAAAUUAGGUUUGAGUUUAAUUCCUAAAGAAAUUAUGGCUGACUAAUAUACUAUAUCAUCAAUUAAAUAGUUCAAUUGA